UUGAGUUCCCGCCAUGGAUGACGACUCCUUAAUGGAUUCCUUCGAUGAGGGCGCCAGCUCCGACUUUGCGCCCGCGAAGCCCGUCAAAGUUGCCAAAGCGAAAGCUGCACCCAAAAAACCCGCUGCCGCUGCGAAGCCGCGUGGCAGACCCGCCAAAGACCCUUCAGCGCCUCCAAAACCGAGGGCCAAGGCUGCGCCGAAGAAGAAGAAGGCUGUCGUCGAUAGCGAUGAUGAGAACUCAGACGCAGAUAUGAAGAUGAACGGCCUAGAUGAUGACGAAUCAUUGCUGGCUGAUACCCCGCCUAAGAAGAAGAAGCAGGCUCCUGCACCCAAGAAGAAAGCCGGCCCGCCUUUGUCCGACAUACCUAAUGAGAGCUUCGAUAUGGCCGAUGGCCUCGUGGAAGACCCGGCAGCGAAGGGGGGGAAAGCCGCUGGCGGCUCAAGCAGUAAAUAUCAAAAGCUUACCCAUUUGCAACACAUCAUGAAGCGCCCCGAUACUUAUAUUGGAUCCGUCGAACGAACCGAGGACAGCAUGUGGGUCUACAAUACCGAAACAGAAUCUAUGGAGUACCGGAAGGUAUCAUACGUGCCGGGCCUGUACAAGAUCUUCGACGAGAUCCUUGUCAACGCCGCCGAUAACAAGCAGAACGAUAAGAACAUGAGCGAGAUUCGCGUCACCGUGGACCGUGAAACAGGCGAAAUCUCCGUCAAGAACGACGGCAAGGGAAUCCCGAUCGAAUUUCAUGAAGAACACAAGAUCUAUGUCCCCGAGAUGAUCUUUGGUCAUUUGCUCACCUCUUCCAAUUACGACGACGACCAGGCCAAAGUUACGGGUGGUCGCAACGGUUACGGUGCUAAGCUCUGCAAUGUUUUCAGCAAAGAGUUCACACUCGAGACGGUUGAUUCAAAGCAGAAGAAGAAGUACAAGCAGACAUGGACUGAGAAUAUGAGCAAGAUGGGCAAAGCCAAGAUCACCGACAUUAAGACAGACGAUUACACAAAGGUCACAUAUAGGGCCGAUUUCGCCAAAUUCGGUAUGGAGGGCAUCGAUGAUGACUUUGAGGCUCUGGUGAAGCGCAGGACGUACGACAUGGCAGGCACUCUGAGGGGCGUCAAAGUCUAUCUUAACGGCGAACGCGUCAAGGUCAACAGCUUUGCCAAGUACAUGGAAAUGUACACAAAGUCCAUUCGUAAAGAGCAGGGGGGCGGCGAGGAUGAAAAAGACAAGGAGGUCAUCAUCACAGAUCGCCAUGAUCGCUGGGACAUAGGUUUCGCUGUCUCCGAUGGUUCUUUCAACCAAGUAUCUUUCGUCAACUCGAUUUCCACGACGUCUGGAGGUACACACGUCAACUACAUUGCCGACCAGAUCACAGAGAAAUUGCUGGCCAUUGUCAACAAAAAGAACAAGGGCGGCGUCAAACUAAAGCCAGCCCAGAUCAAGAAUCACAUCUUCCUUUUUGUUAACUGUUCAAUUGUCAACCCCGCCUUCACAUCCCAGACCAAGGAGCAGCUCACCACAAAGGCCAGUCAAUUUGGUAGCAAACCAGUCUUGAGUGACAAGUUCCUGAAGGCAAUUGAGAAGACAGCAGUCAUCCAGAACAUCAUGCAUUUUGCACAGCAGAAGGCUGAUCAACUGUUGAAAAAGACAGACGGCAACAAGCGCAGCCGGAUGAACAACUCCAAGUUGACCGACGCGAACAAAGCUGGUACCAAGGACGGACAUAAAUGCACACUUAUCCUCACUGAAGGUGAUUCUGCCGCUUUGCUCGCUUUGGCCGGGCGUGCUGUGAUCAAUCCAGAUCUGUUUGGAGUGUUUCCCCUUCGUGGAAAAAUCCUCAAUGUGCGCGAUGCUUCCAUUGACCAAAUAUCGAAAAACGCGGAAAUCCAGAACAUCAAGAAGUUUGUCGGACUACAGCACAAGAAGGAGUACACUGACACCAAAGGACUUCGCUACGGUCAUAUCAUGAUCAUGACUGAUCAGGAUCACGACGGUAGUCAUAUCAAAGGGUUGCUCAUCAACUUCCUCCAGUGCCAGUUCCCCAGCUUACUCCAGAUCCCUGACUUCCUUCUGGAGUUCAUCACUCCCAUUGUUAAAGUUUGGAAAGGCGAUCCGAAGGACCCCAAACGCUUGAAAAGUUUCUUCUCUAUGCCCGAGUAUGAGGAGUGGCGGGAACAGCACAGCAAUGAGAAGGGCUGGGAACACAAGUACUACAAGGGAUUGGGUACGAGUGACGUCAAGGACGCCACCGUUUAUUUCAAAGACCUUGAUACUCACAUGAAGGCUUUCCACACCAUGCGAGAACAGGAAGAAGCGCUGAUCGAGCUUGUUUUCUCCAAAAAGAAGGCUGACGCUCGAAAAGAAUGGCUACGUGAAUUUGUGCCUGGUCGACAUCUCGAUCUCACCACCCCACAGAUCACGUACGAUGAUUUUGUGAACAAGGAGCUCAUCCUUUUCAGUAUGGCAGACAACCUGCGCUCUAUUCCUUCCGUCAUCGAUGGUUUCAAGCCCGGUCAACGAAAAGUACUGUACACCUGUUUCAAGCGCAACUUACGGAAAGAUACAAAGGUUGUCGAUCUUACUGGUUCGGCCAUGAGUUUGACCGAUUACGCCUACGGAAACGCGUCAAUGGAAGGUACUAUCGUUGGUCUUGCCCAGAACUUCGUGGGCUCGAACAACCUCAACUGUCUGGAGCCUAGCGGUAACUUCGGUUCUCGUCUUCAAGGCGGCUCCGAUGCGGCCAGCGCCAGGUAUCUCUAUACCCGGCUGACUCCGUUUGCUAGAAAGAUUUUUCACCCUGAGGAUGAUGCUUUACUCAAGUAUGGCGAAUCUGACGGCUAUAAAAUUGAGCCUGAGAUCUACGUACCUAUUCUGCCGAUGAUUCUCGUCAAUGGCGCAGAUGGUAUUGGUACUGGUUGGAGCUCUAGCAUACCCAACUACAACCCGAUCGACAUCAUUGAAAAUCUGCGCAUUCGUUUGCAAGAUGGUAAUUCGAAGGAAGAUAUGAGGCCAAUGUCCCCAUGGUUUCGAGGUUUCACUGGCACCACUGAAGAUAUUGGUAACGAUCGCUUCAAGUUCACUGGAACUGUCCGUCAGACUAGUGAUAACGAGAUUGAAAUCACCGAAUUGCCCGUUCGCAUGUGGUCCCAAGCUUUCAAAGACAAGUUGGAAGACAUCAUCAAAGCCGAAAAGGUUCCCUCCAUCAUCAAGGACUACACGGAUUACAAUACGCCGGAUAAGGUCCAUUUCAUCAUCAAGAUGGAGGAUAAGCACAUGGCCAACGCUCUGGCAAAAGGACUCGAAGAGACCUUCAAAAUUUACAAUACUCAAUCGACUUCGAAUCUGGUUGCAUUCGAUACACAUGGCCGCAUUCACAAAUAUGCAAGCACUCUGGAUAUUAUGGAAGAAUUCUAUCACGUUCGCCUCAGAUACUACGAGAAACGCAAAGCACACCUAUUGGCACAGAUGCAAAAGGAGCUUGACAAGCUGACCAACCAGUCGCGUUUCAUUCAAAUGAUCAUCGAUGGCAAGUUGGUUGUCUCUAAAAAGAAGAAGGCGGUGCUUGUAGUCGAGCUCAAGAAGCUGGACUUCACGCCUUUCCCCAAGGUUGCGGAUGCAAAGGCCGCGGGUGAAACGGCAGACGCUGCCGAGGAUGAGGAAGAUGACGAACCUGGAGCGAACGAUUACGACUAUCUCCUUGGUAUGGCAAUUUGGUCUUUGACCCAGGAACGUGUCGAAAAGCUCAGGAAACAAAUCGGCGAUAAAGAAGAGGAGGUCGAUCUCUUGAUUAAGCUGACACCUAAAGACAUUUGGCUCAGAGAUCUUGAAAUGUUCGAAGCCGAAUGGAACCUGCAGCUUGAAGGAGAUGAUAAGCGGGCUAAGGCUCUUCUCAGAGAUGGACGUCGUGGCUCUCGCAAGCUCGGAAUCGGUGCUGCUGGCAAAGGUGGCAAGCGGAAGAAGAAGAGGAGUGGUGACAGUGACUCCGAUGACUCAGAGUCUGACUAUGGCCCUGCUAAGAAGAAGGCCAAACCCAAAGCUGGAGGACUUCUAGGUUAUCUCAAAAAGGAAGACGAACCUAUCAAGCCAAGUGCAACGGCCGCACUGAAGAACGGAGCUGUAUCUCGAUUGAAGCAGAGUGGUAUGCUAGGAUAUCUCAAGAAAGACACGCCGCCCAACCUGGAUGGCGCAUCGGAUAUCGACAUGCUCGACGCGGCCCCGACUGUCACCACAGCCCCUACAGCAGCACCUAAAAAAGGUCGCACGGCCGCUGCUAAGGCUUCCAAAGCUCUGAAGCCAAAGUCAGAAGAGUCUGAUUCAGACGAGGACGUCUUCACAGAUGUUCCUGAUCAUGUGGAGAAAGACACGCCAAUCGAAUUGGACGAAGUAUCGGAUGAUGAUCUUCCUGCUGCACCUGUCGUCGCUACCGCGCCUGCAGCAGCAUCUAAAAAAGGACGCCCGACCGCUGCUAAGGCUACCAAGACUAAGUCUGCUCCCGUCGAUUCCGAUUCAGAUGAGGACGUCUUUGCGGCUGUCGCAAAGGAAGCCGAAAAGAAAAAACCAGCGGAGACUAUCACGACUUCCAGAACGGCCCGCGGCGCUGCGAGGAAGGCUACCAACUAUGCGGUCGACAAAGAGAGUGACAGUGAUGAUAUGGAUGACGAUUUCGAUGUUAGCAAUAUGGUCCAGACGAUUGGUGGCAGUAGUAACCACCGUCCCUUAUUCUCCACCACUACUCGUCCUGGCAGCAACGGCGGUGUCACCAAAACCAAUGGUCGCUCUGCUCUGUCCAAACUUUCUCCUAUUGAGCUCGAUCCUGAUGAGACCAACUACGAGGGGCUCAUGCCUCAAGGCUCGCCAAACAAGCCUGCCCCACGCAACGUCAAUGACACAAUUAUAAGCUCGGAUGAGGAUGAGUUUGGAUUCAGCAUCAAGAAGAAGGCUCCCGCAAAGCCUGCUCCGAAGCCUGUUGCAGCAAAAGCAAAGCCUGCAGCUACCAAACCCGUACCAAAGCCCAAGGCCACAGCUUCCAGUGUCGCCACAAAGAAGACUACUCAACUCAGUCCUGCUGCUAAGGCCUAUGCUGCACGUUUGGGCAAGGCUAAGCCCGUAUCCAAGAAGCCCAUCGCCGUUGAAUCGGAUGAAGAUGACGAGCUGGACAAUACUGAAGUCCUAGCCAAUGAAAUCCUCUCAGAUGAAGAAGAUGAGCCGACCCCGAAGCCUGCUGCUCCCAGGCCGGGCCGAAGAGCUGCCGCCAAACCGGCAAAGUAUGUUGUCAGCGAUGACGACGAUAGCGAUGAGGCGAGCGAGGCGAGCUUUGACGACGACAGCGAGUAA